CCUGCAGCACUCGGUGAACUUAACUGACAGUUGAAAGAUGGAGGCUUUCAUUCAGAGGUUUUUAGUGAAUGCCUGGCAAGAAAGUGAGUGGCACCAGGACUCAGAAGUUCUUUCUAAUCUACAAAUGCUUUAAUUUAAACUCCUGUUUUUGGCUUUCACAGAAGCCAUUGUGCAAGCUCGCUGUCGCUUUGUUUACUGUAUAGAGUAUUUAUAACAGCAGAUCAAGAGACCCCUGAGGAGAAUUCCUCCCAGGGAAUGUUUCCGUUGCUCCCGGGGGGAAGAACCAAGCCGUCACAGAGUUUGCCUGAAUCAAGGAGAGAGCACUAUGUCAACCACAAUGCAUGUAGGCUAAAAAAAACCAGCGCUGCUGCUUUCAAGCGACAAAAACAGGUGGGACCCCGACAGAUAACCUGCUCCCCCAUCAACAGGUCUCUGGAUGCUCCGCGGCGCCCUGUCCUCGGCCGCCCCGUGCUUCCCAAUGGCCGGGAGUUGACCAUGAGCAACAGGAUGACGCUGCGCGAGCAGCUGAGAGAGAAGAUCUCGGCAGCCUUUUACCGGCACGGGCUGCUGUGUGCCUCCUACCCAGUACCCAUCAUCCUCUUCACCUCUGCCAGCAUCCUCACCUGCUGUUAUCCGCUGCUGAGGCUUCCCCUGCCUGGGACAGGUCCUGUGGAGUUCACCACAGGGGUGCGAGACUACAGCGUCCCUUCCCAUGAGCCUCAGGGAGAUCUAGAGCGACCUGAUUGGUACCAUGGACCUCCGGUCGCCUACAUUCAGCAGGUGUUGGUGAAGGCAGCGGUGUCGCCGUGGGACAGCAGCCUCGUGCCGGUGGAUGUGUUCCGGUCACCUCUGGGUAAAGUCUUCAGUCUGCUGGAGGAGAUCCGUAACCACGUCCACUCCGAUGGCUCUGGCGUCCGAAGCUUGGAAACGCUGUGUCUCCAGGUGACUGAUCUGUUUCCAGGGUUACGGCGGAUGCAGUCGGUGCUGCCAGAACAUGGCUGCCUCCUUGUUUCUCCUGGUAACUACUGGCAAAACCAGCGAGAUCUGUUCGACUCGGACUCGGACCUCCUCAGGACCAUUCAGAAACACGAACCAAAAGGAUUGCACACCUCAGCAACGCUACGAGACCUGCUGUUCGGCGUCCCUGGAAAGUACACAGGAGUCAGUCACUACAACAGGAAAAGAGUGGUCACAUACACCAUCACUGUGGUGCUUUCCAGAUAUGACGCAGGCUUUCUAAGCAGCCUGCGAUCCCGCCUGAAGCAGCUUCACCCCUCAGCCAACUGCAGCCUGAGAGACGACCACAUGGUUCACAUCCACUUCAAGGAGGAGAUCGGCAUCGCUGAGCUAAUUCCCCUGGUCACCACGUACAUCAUCCUCUUCGCUUACAUCUACUUUUCCACUCGUAAGAUCGACAUGGUGCGGUCCAAGUGGGGCCUGGCCCUGGCUGCCGUGGUCACAGUCCUCAGCUCCCUGCUCAUGUCUGUGGGACUGUGUACACUGUUUGGACUGACACCCACACUGAAUGGAGGUGAGAUCUUCCCUUACCUUGUGGUGGUGAUCGGACUGGAAAACGUCUUGGUCCUCACCAAGUCUGUGGUUUCAACUCCCGUUGACCUUGAGGUCAAACUCCGCAUUGCUCAGGGCCUCAGUAAUGAGAGCUGGUCUAUCAUGAAGAACAUGGCCACUGAGCUGUGCAUCAUUCUGAUUGGAUAUUUCACUUUGGUCCCAGCUAUUCAGGAGUUUUGUCUUUUCGCCGUUGUGGGGCUCGUCUCUGACUUCUUCCUCCAGAUGUUUUUCUUUACAACAGUCCUGUCUAUAGAUAUUCGCCGGAUGGAGCUGGCCGACCUGAACCGCCGCCUGCCUGCUGAAGCCGGUCUGCCACCAUCAAAACCAGGCCCCCUUCGAACACGUGAGGCCCCCCCUCCUCCCCGACCAACCCCCCACACAAUCACCCUGCAGACCCCGGCCUUCAGGAACCUGAGGCUACCGAAGAGACUGCGCGUUGUGUACUUCCUGGCCCGCACACGCCUGGCGCAGCGCAUCAUCAUGGCUGGUACUGUAAUCUGGAUCGGCAUCCUCGUCUACACUGACCCGGCUGGAAUCCGCACCUACCUGGCUGCUCAGGUGUCUGAACAAAGCCCUCUGGGGGACCCCGUAGGUGGAGGUUUAACCCCCCAUCUGGCAGUGGCCCCAGUUUUCCGGGGCGGGGAUCCCACCAGCACUUUGAGCAUCCACCCUGCUCCCGAUCCAACUCCCCUACCUGAAAACCAAUCGCAGGGCCACAUUGCCCCAGCUGUACCGUUCCCCCAUCUUCCCUCUGUGCCACAGAUUACCUGGGGGGCCGAAGAUGAGGAGGGAUGGAGGAGGCUGUCUUUUAGACAUUGGCCAUCGCUUUUUAGCUACUACAACAUAACCUUAGCAAAGAAGUACAUCAGCCUUCUUCCAGUAAUUCCCGUCACCAUUCACUUGAGCCCCCAGGAGGCCAUUGACACGCGUCACCCUCAGGACACAAGACACCCUCCACCUUCGAUCCCUAAAGCCUCUGCAGAUUUACAGACAGACCUCACCCUCUACAAGGUUGCUGCUUUGGGUCUGGCUGCAGGGGUCCUGCUUGUUCUGCUGCUCUUCUGCCUCUACCGUGUCCUCUGCCCUCGGAACUACGGCCGAAACGGCGUGGCUCACGGGCGCCGGCGGCGAGGCGACCUGCCCUGCGACGAUUACGGUUAUUCUCCACCCGUCAGUGAGAUCUCACCUCUGCUGCUGAGGGGCCACAGUAUGGACAUUGAGUGUUUGGCCAGUGAUGGGAUGCUGCUGGCGAGCUGCUGUUUGGCCGGUCAGAUCCGUGUUUGGGAUGCCCAGACUGGCGACUGCCUGACAGUCAUCCCAAAGCAAGGAUUGAGACGAUGCAGCAGCAGUGGCUGCUGGGAGCAGAGAGACGUCUGGGACACCAGUGCAGAGUCGGAAUGUGGCUGUGAUCCUCGGGACCCCUCCAACGGCUGUGACGGGAUGUCAGAGGACGAUUGUUACCCGCUGAGACGGCGCUCCGCACCGACUCGGCCGCCUCUCUUCACUGACCAGCCUGACCUGACUCCUCUUAUAGACACCAACUUCACCUCCCAGCCGCCCUCCAACGUCUCCACACCGCCCAGAGGAGGGUUCGACUUUGGAGGCCUGGUGGAACGUGCCUACAAGGAACACGAGCCUCCAUCACCGUCUGCCUACCCCUCCCCUUCCUCUGCGUCCUCCUCGCCUCCAUUAGCCACUCAGCUACAGCGAAGCCCCAGUCUGGGGGACACAUCUGGACUCUAUAACCAAGAGAGAACCUCUGGAGCGGGGACACAAUCUGCUGCAGACUGGGAAAGCUCCGUCUGGGCCAUGGAGCUGAGAGGAAAUCUGAUAGCUGCUGGGAGGAGCAGCGGUAAACUGGAGCUGUGGGACGCAGUAGAAGGGUCACUGCGGUGCAGUAAUGAAGAUGGAGUCUCUGGGAUCACAGCCUUAGCCUUUCUGAACAACAGAAUCGUGGCAGCGCGACUCAACGGGUCGUUAGAUUUCUUCACUGUUGACGUUCAUAAGCCUCUGGGUCUGCUGCAGUACAGAGGUGCCCCCGGGCGAGGCAGCAUGCCCCCGUCUCCCUGUUACAGCAGCGAGGACAUGAUCAGCUGUCAGCUCACCCGCUCAGUGCAGUGUGCGCACCAGAAGCCGAUCACGGUGCUGCGAGCGGCUGCAGGCAGGGUGGUCACCGGCAGCCAGGACCACACAGUCCGGGUUUAUCGGCUGGAGGAUUCCUGCUGCCUCUUUACCCUGCAGGGUCACUCUGGGGGGAUCACAGCCAUCUACAUUGAUCAGACCAUGGUUCUAGCAAGCGGCGGGCAGGACGGCGCCAUCUGCCUGUGGGAUGUACUGACUGGGAGCCGUGUCAGUCAUGUCUAUGGUCACCGUGGCGACGUCACCUCCCUGGUCUGCACUACCUCUUGUGUCAUCAGCUCAGGACUGGAUGAUCUCAUCUGUAUCUGGGACCGCAGCACUGGCAUCAAACUCUACUCCAUCCAGCAGGAGGUGGGCUGUGGGGCCAGUCUUGGCGUGAUCUCAGAGUCCCUGCUGGUGACGGGGGGCCAAGGAUGCGUCUCCUUCUGGGACUUGAACUUCGGCGACCUGCUGCAGACAGUCUACCUGAGCCAGAGCGGCGACGGUCAGGGCGUCCGGCAGCUGCUAGUGCUCGAUAACGCCGCCAUCGUGUGUGACUUUGGCAGCGAGCUCAGCCUGGUCUACGUUCCCUCGGUGCUGGAGAAACUGGACUGAGGAAGAGCAGCAGCCGGCACCACUGGGAAACACUCAGAACCUCCAUUCAUCUCAUUUUUUUUAUACAUCAUUCAUGAGAAGAUUAAAUGUUGAGGGAAAAAAAAAACAUCACAAGGAUCUUGGGAGAUGGAAUCAAAUCCCUCAUUCCGCCAUCUUGUUUUUCUUCUAAGAGCAAGCUUGUGCGUUUGGUUGGUUGCUCUGCCCUUGAUGCUGCUGACUCAUAUGGAACCGUCUGUGAUCCAACCCUGUGAAGGACGACAAUGGAGCCAUUUCUUUAUUUUUUUUUUAAUUGACAGCAUCAUAAAGUCACAGUGAACCCAACAGUUCUCGGGCCUGUUUGGAUGGACCGAGCAAACACCUUCUGAGGAGACGACAUGAUUGGGGAGGAUGUGUGAGCGUGUGCAUACGUGGAGGGGAGAAGUGAUGAUUACUGUAAAAAGUAAACCUCCGAUGGAGGCUGUUUUUAUAUGUAUAAAUCUAUUAUUUAUUAGCUAAAUUUUUUCAGUAACGGUUUGUUUGUGGGUGACUGAUCCCAACUCUUAAACUUUAAUAUAAAGCGGAAAUGAUGACUUCAGAUGUAGGAAAGGUGUUUGUUUGGCAGCGUUGAGCCAUUGUUUUUAAACUGGCCAUUUGUUGAUAUUGAGUUGGAGCAUUGAAGGCAUCAGUGGGAAACAUUUAUCAGAGGAGGGGGAGGGAAGGGGGGGUCUAAUUUACGCUAUUCCUUCAUCAGGCUACCUCUUCAAUUUUGUUGACUGAUGUGAACAGGUUCUUAUUGCCUUUUUUUGCUCUUAUUUCACCUUCUGAGGUAUUUUCUUAGAUUUGAUUUAAAGAUUUUAAGUUGCUCGUUUAAGUUCUCAAUUAUCUGCAAAAAGGCUUAAAUUGGAAGACGUUUCGACUCCUGGAUAGUCGAAACGUCUUCCAAUUGGCUCGGACCAGAGCCGUCUGUAGUUGGAGAGCUGACGUAUUUAAGCAGCAUGGAGGUCCGUCCUCCUGCACACAUUCCAGGACAGAGGCAAAGAUGCUAAUUGCUUGACUUUGAAACUUUUGGCUACAGCUGAACAAUUUUCCUAUGUCACAACUUCUGCAACAAGUUAACAGUUUACGUUUGGGGGAAUUGAAGCAGGUAACAUCUAGAGCAUGCAGAUCACCAGCUCCUCUGGUGUGCUAACCCCCAGAGGAAAUCAUUGAAUCAUUUCUGUCUGGGAUAGGCUGAAAACUCAUAUCAGAUAAAAGCACCUUAAAUCUGAGCUGACAACAACCUUCAGUGUAGAUGUUGAUACAAUCAGAGGUAUUUAAUGACAAACCAGAGGAAAAUAAAGCUGCUUAAUAGGAAGUUUGGUUCAUUCAGGCUCAAGUUUAUAAAAGGCAACAAGAAUCUGCAGAUAUUUAAGCAACAACUUUGAUCUGUUUGAUGGAACAGAGUUAAGCUAAAGAUUUUACUAUAACAGCUGAAUUUAUAUGGAGACUGAUGUUCAAAGUCUUAUCACUAAAGCACACUUUGAAAUUGCUUCUGAUCCCAGUAUUAAUAGCUAGAAAUAAUAAUAGUUGAUGAAAAUAUUUUAAAUGUUCAAUCAAAAUAGUCUAAAAAUUUUUAUCUGACCGGUUUAUCUAUAAAAAUACAGGAAUACUUCCUAACUUCAAUGCAGUUGUUGCUUUGAGACCCAGUCAAUUUUUUUAAAAGCAUUUUAAUUUGCUAUAUGGAGAAAAAAAACAUUGGAAAUCCUGGUAGUUUUCAGAGAUCAUAUUUGAAUUACAAACGGAUAUAUAAAGAUCAGGAUUUAACUUGAUCAAAUAAAGAAAACAUAUAAGACAGUCCUGGAAAACAUAGUUGUAAAGGUAAAUUACCUGGAAAACACAAGGAACAAAAAAAUUGGAAAAUGAUCUAAUAUUUUUCCAAGAUUAGUUUUUUUUUUUUGCAUUUUCACAGGAGCUAAGAAAAAAAAUCUCCGUAUUCCCUAAAAGCCACAAGCAAACAUUUAAUUAGA